AACCGCCUAACGGUCGGGUUUAUUUUUUUUAUUGAGUCGGGUUUGUGUUCUCCUAUUGGUGGGUUUUCCAUUUCCGAGGACGACAACGAGGACGAUGAACUUCCUGAAGGAUCUGGACGAGCCGCGGGUUUACGAUCUGAAGAAGGCGUUCUGUCUGUUCGAUUUGGACGGCGAUGGAGUCAUCAGCGAGGAGGAUCUGAAAAAUACCUUCCUGACGAUGGGUAUCGAGAAAUCGGAUGCCGAAAUCGUGAAGAUGUUUGAAGGAGUCGUUCAACCGUUGAAACUCGAUGUGUUCCUGCUGUUGAUUCUCAAACAUGCCAGUGGUCUGGCCCCAAUGGAGGUCAUGGUGGAUGCCCUGAAGCAGUGGGAUCAGAACAACAGUGGAUUUAUCGAUAAGGAAAAGUUCAAGUACGACAUCAUGCACUACGGCGAUCGAUUCUCGCUGGACGAGGUGGACGAUGCCCUGGAGGAGGCCCGGAUCACCUUUGGGCCCCAGAAGACGCGCGAUGGCCGGCUGGUGGAGAAGAUCGAUUACGUCGACUUUGCGUCCAACAUUUCCAGCUUCCAGACGACGGACCACAGCAUGGACGAUUAACGUACGGUCGUUGAUGUUUCAGCUUUUCGAAAAUCGGGUUUGUUCAACUUGUUUGUAGAUGCAUAAAAGUGCCAAGUUAAUUCUUUAUCAUUCAUUUGAAUAAAAUAGAAAUUCAAAUUCCCUGCCAAAUAAAGUAAUAUAAUUUUUCAAUUUCAAAAA